UCAAUCAAAAUAAUGUUGUCGUUUAAAAGGGUGAUUGCAGCCGUCUCUUCGACAGCAUGUCCGGCUGGACUUUAUUUCAGAGGCUCGAGGGAGAAACGUCUAGUUCAAUGCCAGCAAGGUAAGGUUGAAUGCAUCAAAUUGAGAAAAUGGGCGACAGAAACGAUAGAGUCCCCAUGAUGACGCGCAGAACAAGGAGAACUACCAUCUGCGCUACGCCAGCGGCUGCCGAUUCUAAACAAGCCAACCGUAGUAAGCAGGGCAGCGCAGGGGAAAAAAUGUCAAGCCAUCCGAGCCACAGCAACGGGAAAGUGAAGGAGGAAAAACCCGUGCACGAGCCGGUCACUACACCACGCAAAGAGAGGAGCAAAACCAGCGAAAGAUUUAGCUGUCAUGUCCUCCAGGAGUCCCUGCUCAGCUCAGCCAGUGGUUACAGUAACUAUAGAGGCAUCCUCAACUGGUGUGUGGUCAUGCUGGUCUUGAGCAAUGCACGCCUUUUUCUGGAGAAUCUAAUAAAAUAUGGGAUACUGGUGGACCCCAUCCAAGUGGUUUCACUGUUUUUAAAAGACCCAUAUAGCUGGCCUGCACCAUGCCUGGUCAUUGUUUCGAACGUGUUCAUAAUGGCAGCUUUUUACACGGAGCGGAGGCUAUCAUUGGGCACCAUCUCGGAGACUACCGGAACAUUCCUUUACUUGGUCAAUCUGACCACCCUCCUCUUUUUCCCAUCAGCCACUGUGCUCACGCUGACCUCCAUGACCCCAGUGGGUGGAGCCUUUGCCCUGGGUGUGUACACCAUCCUCUUCAUGAAGCUGUACUCGUAUAAGGACGUGAAUAUGUGGUGCAGAGAGAUUAGGCAUACCAAAGCCCGCACCUUGACCCGCUCCCAUUCAUGUCCAUCAGUCGCCCAGUCCAAUGGGUCAGCUGUACACGCUCAUGUGUCCUACCCUGAGAAUCUCACACACAGAGAUAUAUAUUAUUUUGUGUUCGCCCCAACUCUCUGCUAUGAGCUGAACUUCCCCCGGUCAGCACGGAUACGCAAGAGCUUCCUGCUCAGGAGACUCUUUGAGAUGCUGUUCUUCAUUCAGUUACUGAUUGGAUUGGUACAACAGUGGAUGGUGCCGACUAUUCAGAAUUCCAUGAAACCAUUCCAGGAUAUGGACUUUUCCAGAAUGAUGGAGCGCAUGCUGAAACUGGCUGUUCCCAAUCAUUUAAUCUGGCUCAUCUUUUUCUAUUGGUUUUUCCACUCUUCCAUGAACUUCGUAGCUGAGCUGAUGCGGUUCGGCGACAGGGAGUUUUACCAGGACUGGUGGAACUCUGAAACUGUCACUUACUUCUGGUCUAACUGGAACAUUCCUGUGCACAAGUGGUGCCUCCGCCACUUUUACAAGCCUCUCUUGAGGAGAGGUGUGAAUAAGUGGGUCGCCAAGACGGCCAUCUUCCUGGUCUCCGCCUUCUUUCACGAGUACUUGGUGAGUGUUCCUCUGAAAAUGUUCCGACUGUGGGCAUUCAUGGGCAUGAUGUCUCAGAUUCCACUCGCCUGGUUCGUCGGCCGCUUCCUGAGAGGUAACUAUGGCAAUGCGGCAGUCUGGAUCUCGCUCAUCAUUGGUCAGCCCAUCGCCGUGCUGAUGUACGUCCACGACUUCUACGUAUUACAUUACGUGUCACAAUCGUGAGCAGUUGGCCACAAGCAGAGGAGCAAUACAUCAUGCUAAAUAAGGAAAAAUUGAAUGUGAAUGUUUAUUUUGAAAGGGAAAUGUUUUUUAUAUGAAGCUCGACUGUUUAGUAAGAAUGUACUACGAAAAGGUUUUUGGCCUCCAGAUGCCAUUUCUCUAAUGCACUGAUACACUCCAGAGACACUUGGCUCCUGUCCUGUCAUGUGCAAUUGUUGUGAAACACUUCCCUGCCAAAGAGAACAUUUGUAUGCCUUUUCUGUUUCUUACUUAGUCUACAACUGUGAGGAUCAAUGCAAACAACCCUAUAUAUAUAUAUAAACCUGACUAUCAAUGUGCUCUCUAUUGUCAUGCAUUUGACACGUUUCUUGCCUUUGAUUAUUUAAUGAUCUGAGUAUUAAGUUGUGUAUUUUAUUUCAUGUGGCUGCAGUAAUAACCAGUCACAUGUUGUUUGGGUGAACUACCCCCUUAAUCUGUGUAAUGUGUUUGCACUAAAAUGCAUGGUGUUUUCCAAGAAAUAUACAAGUGCUCUUUGAAUGUAUCAGCUAAAGGACCAACAUGGUCCUUGUAAAAUAAGUUGUUUUAUUUGCCAAUAUUGACAUCCCAUUAUAAAUAAAUGGUGAUCCAAACAGUAACAACCAUAGAAAAACAAUAUUGAUUUUAACCAACAGUAUGCAUUUAUCCCUUGAUUCCAUUCCAUACCUUUUGCACUUCAAUUAACCUUUUGUGUCACUAGUAUACUAUAGCUGUUGUCUAGUUUAGCCCUCUCAACCCUUUAUGGGUUCAGUAUGAAAUUUGUCUAUACAUGCCUUUUCAGCAAAUAUCCUACUCGUGCCUGACAUUGCUACAUGAGCCACAUAAACCAAAUCGAGCCUGCAUUUCACUUUUGUUUUACUUACUCCAAAGUGCUUAGUAUCUUUUUUUUUUAGCUUGUAUUUUCAUGUAUUGUAGGAAAUAAAUAUGGGUUGAGUUCAGUUUCUUUCUGUACAAAUUGUUUUCAUUCAGGACUGUUGUACGAAAUAAUGCUUCAAUCCUCACCAAGUGUUAAAAUGGAAUGUAUGAUUUUGUUAAUUUACAAUUUCAACCCAAGUGUGUUUGAAGGGUAGGUAAUAGGUAUUUUUAAAGCCUCUCAACAAAAUGUGACAUUUGAUAAAGGUUUGUUUAUAUUGUAAUUCAACUUCAGAUCUAUUUUAAGCCCCAUCUAGUGGGUGAUAUUUUUCCAGAACAGUCGGAUUGGGUAUGUAAGUGAGGGCAGGAUGUUUUCUAUGAACAUGGCGUGUGUUUUGUGAUAUUUUUUCUUAUACUUUCAUCUUGUUCUCUGUGCUAAGAGUUUUGUAACAUUAGAUACAGUACUUAACUGCUGUCACUGCACUGAGCUCCUCAUUGGCAUCUACUGCACAAGUUAAAUAAAAUCCUGCCUGUGUAACUGGAA